CUCAACCGCCCGCGAAGCUCAAGCCGCUGCGUAGGAGCGUGUGUUCGGGCCCUCUUCUCCCACCUAUUCGACUCCCCAUCCCCAGGAUGUCAACCUCAGCCCCUCAAGGCCAUACCUGGACCCAACGGGUGAAGAAGGAGGAUGAGGAGGAGGACCCGCUGGACCAGCUGAUCUCCCGCUCUGGCUGUGCUGCCUCCCACUUUGCAGUGCAGGAGUGCAUGGCCCAGCACCAGGACUGGCGGCAAUGCCAGCCACAGGUGCAGGCGUUCAAGGAUUGCAUGAGUGAACAGCAGUCGAGGCGGCGAGAGGAGCUGCAGAGGAGGAAAGAACAAGCCAGUGCCCACCACUGAGACCUCAAACCACCUAUCCCCAGUAGAUGGGCCUGCCAAGAUCAGCACCCAGCAGGAUUAUAGAGGAAGAAAUCCUAAAUGCUGGGUGUGGGAGGUAUAAAACAUGGGG